AUGGCUGGUUUGGAGUUGCUGUAUUCCAGUGUAGCAUCACAGAUUGUUUCCGCAAACGACGCAAUAGUGUGUUACCUUCACUGGUGUAUGAUUGACAAUGACUUCAAGUGUGUAGGAUAUGGAGAAAAUGUUCCCACCAAUGAAACUGAUGUGAAGAAAUCUGAGCUUCUGCCGAGAGAUUGGAACACAUCUCAAGACUGUUAUACCCUGCGGUAUCAACCAAAUAGUAACCAUGACAACUAUUUACUCAAAGCUAUACCGAUUGAUGGCACAUUGCUUGUACAUCUUAUGAGGCUGAAAGAUGAGAAAGUUUGUAAUCUUUCAAUUGACGUCAACAACUAUGUGAAUUCACAACAUCUUAAUAAUUAUGAGAGUGUUUUCAAAAAUUUGGAUGAGUUACAUGAAAAAUUCGAAACAGAAAUCAUAAGUGAUCUCAGAAAACAAGACUCAAAAACAUCAAAAGGAAGCUCCACUCUUAUAGAUGAGAGGUUGCCAGGCAACCAACAAGGAUACAGACCCUAUGCUAACGAUCCUUUAAGAGCAGGGCCACCUAGGAGGCCUCAUGCUGAAAGACAACCAGAAUGGGGUGAACCCAAUAAUCCAUUGGAUAUUGGGACAGGAGACCUGGAUCCAUUCCAUCCAGGUGGAACUGGAAUGUUCAUGGAUCCAAUGAGAGCCGGUUUUCCAAGAGGUGGAAUCCCAGAUCCUAGUGCUGGAAUACCAGGAAGACUUCCCAGGGGUGCCGUUCCUCCAGGAGCCAGAUUUGAUCCAUUUGGACCUCCAGGACAUGGACCAGACUCAGCCUACCGAUCUGGACCAGAUCCAGAUCACCUUCCUCCUCCUGGAUAUGAUGAUAUGUUUGGCUGAGCAAUAGGUGAUUUUCCGUUCAACUGCGAGAUCUCGGGAGAUGCAUGAAAGACGUACGUCGAACAACUGCCGCAAAAAACGAACGAUUUGAUUUUGAACUCAAAUUUCUUUAUUUCUAGCUCACAUCAACCGGCCGAUCUUCGACAGAGGAAUAUUGCUUUUGAAAACUCUCACGUAAUCAAAAUUGAUUAUCAUCAAAAUGUGUACAGCACAUUUUUAAGCAUGAAAAUGCCUCUUAAAAUAUUUUUGUGUUUGUCGUAUCCCACGCGAUGUUUGACGCAACUACUACGCUAUGACCUUUGUUUGUCCUGUUUUUAUGUUCGAUUUCACACACAACAUGUGAUUCUCGCAGUGAACGGAAAAUGGUCUAUUAAGUACGAGUCCCAAUACUAACUCAGUGUGGCCCAGUCAUAAUAUGUUGGAUGUCAUUUAGAUAGUUAAACUGGCUUGGGUAGGCAUUCAUAGAAUCAAGAUAUCUACUGGGUUCUGAAAUCACACAUUUGCUUGUCGUCAAACAGUUCCUGAUAUUUGUAAGAAUGGGAUAUAUUGUUUAAUUUAUGCAUUCAUUUACAACAUUCAAACGUCUUGUAAUUUUCAAAUGCAAAUGCACAGGUUUUAAAAUACAAUCCAGCUUUGUUUAGUGAUUAUAUGAAAUAUUUGCAGUACAGUCAAGUGGUAAAUGCAUAUUUGUUUAUAUUAUCAAGCAUAUAUAUAAUACA